CAAUCAUUGUUGGCUGUGUUUAUAAAACUAAUAAAAUGAUUGGACGGGAAGCCAACUUGGUGCUACAACCACACUCACCGCCACUAUGCCUGCCCAAUUAUGUUGCCGCAAAGUGGAGCACCGCCCCUAUCAUUCUCUCUUUCUAUGCAUUAAUGGAUUCCACU